AUGAAUCGUACCUCGUACAUUUACCAUCCCGUUUCUCCUCCUGUUGAGCUCGAUCUUGUCACCUCCACGGCUCCUGACACCUCGAGGCCUCGACCGGUCCUCGUCUUCUUCCACGGCGGUGGCCUUGUCAGUGGAUCGCGGCGCGCCCGAUUCCCGCCGCUGCCAGUGAAACUACUACUUGAUCGUGGCUGGGCAGUCGUGGUCCCGGACUACCGUCUGCUGCCGGAAGCCGGCAUCACAGAUAUUUUGGAGGAUAUGCGCCAACUUGAGUCUUGGCUAGUGGAAUCUGCGGUGGGUAUUGAUCUAGGACGUAUCGUCAUCGGCGGGUCAAGUGCAGGGUCCCUGGUGUCCAUUCUCGCCCUAUCUGUGUGGAGGAAAGUCUCAGUAUGCUCCUUUUUGUCGCUUUGGGGUAUGUCCCAGACCGAGGGAGAGUGGUAUUGCCGACGCCGCGACAAUUCAGCUUUGUUGGGAGGCAUUCCUGCCCGCCAGUUACAGGAAGAGAACGUCGCCCACUAUCUACAACCCGGGCGCCCCCAGAUCUCCACCGACGAAGGCAACAUCAGGGACCCUUGUAGUAGGGCAUCACUGUUCCUCUGGUUGUUGAAAGAAGGCCAUAUCGGUCCUCGGAUAAGUGACUCGAUGAGAAUAGCCACCGGCACAGAGGCCGUGCUAGAUUUGAUUGAUCCCUCGUAUCCCCCCACGGUCAUUGUGCACGGCACCGCUGACACAGUGGCGCCAGUGACAGAUUCGAGGGCGCUGGCGGCCGCACUACAACGAGUGAAGGUUGCAGUGCGGCUAAUUGAGGUCGAAGGAGCAGACCAUGGGCUGGCGCCGCAAGAGACGUAUCGUGACUCUUUCGAGGAGGCGAUCCAGAGCGUGGAAGAGAGUAGUAAACAUUGA